GAGCAGCAAAAUAUGUGUUCCCACUUCGAGGCGCUGGCCAAGCUGCUUCGCCGCCCGCCCGUGACCUUGGGCGGCCGCGGCGAGGCCAGAUUGAGCUCUUUGUAUGAUUACUCAGAGCCGGUGCGGGCCGCCGCCCAGGGGGCCGCCUGCCCCCCGCCCGCCGCCCUCGUCGGAAGCGACUUCAGGGCCGUCCGCGCGGAGUUCUUCGGCGCCCCCGCCCACUUCCGCAUCGAUUCGUAUUUGAAGCCGUUCGACGCAGCGUGUUUUCUUAAGCCGCGCCUGUUGGAGGUGCCGCGCGAGCCGUGCCCGCGCCCGCAAGGGGAACUCGUAAAGUGCGCGCGCAAGCUGAACGCCGCCGGCCACCUCUACUUGGCAACGCCGAGCGAGGAGCCCAAGAGCCAGCGCAUGAAUCUCCUGGCAGUUGCCAAAAACGAGCCCGUUGACCGCAUCGUUGGGGACAGGCGGCGGCGGAACUGGCUUGAGGCCCACCUCAGCGGCGGGGCACGAGAUCUGCCAGCGCGUUACCAUUUCGUCGAUCAUGAACUGGAGGACAGCGAGGUUGCUGAGAUAUUCGCGGAUGACCUUCGCGACUUCCAUCCCUCAGCGGUGGCGCUUCCAGCGCGGGCGUGCACGAACGCGUUUGCCAUUGAGCUAAGCCCGUUGGAGCUGGCCGGCGCGCGCGCCUUGCGCCGCUUCGGCGCGGCGCCGCCUCCAAAGCUCAUCCCGCGCGCGCUCUCGCUAGUGAUGGGCGACACCAGCGAGACGGAUUGGGCGACGGAGGCUCAUUCGCAGGUGCUCUACUCCGCCGGGGCGCUGCUAGCCGAGAGGCGCGUCCUGCAAGACAAGGCGCUCACCGAGGCCUUCGACGCCGCCAGCGUCGCCUACCAGGACGCUGGCUUGGUGCGUCAUCCCGCGAAGGCCGGGCGCGGCGAUCGCCAGGGCAUCAAUUUGGGCGCCGAGGUGCUCGGCGAGGAAGGCCACGUCGGAUCCGAACGUCUUCGUCGGAUGCGCCUGGCAGAGCUCAGCGUGCAGCUGGCCACGCAGCGACGUGUCACGGGCUCGCUGCUGCGCGCGGUGGCCAGGAGCUGGGUGUACAUCCCCUUUGUUUCGCAGGUUUUCGAGUUGCCCGCGGGCGUCCGCCGGGAACUGGUGCUGUUGGCGGCGCUCUGCGCGGCGAUGACAUCGAACAUCAGGGCGCAUCCCGGCGGCGUGCUUGUGGCGACUGAUGCGUCGGAGAGCGCCCUUGGCGGCGUCGCUGCCCCCAUCAGCCGCAGGCUUCGCCGCGAACUCUGGCGGCUGCGGGGCCGCCGCGGGUGGCCGACGCACCUGGUUGGGCAGCAUGGCGAGUGGUUAUUCGCCCGAGGGCCUGGUCGAGAUCGCGCCGACUUCGCGGAGGCCCUGCGCGCCGAGCAGCAGCGCGUGCAGGCUGCAGAUCCGCAGCGUGUUCUGGUCGAGUGCUUCGACGUCAUGGAGCUCUGCGCCAGCUAG